AUGACAAACCAGACGGCUGUGACAGAAUUCAUCUUGCUGGGGCUCCAAGAGCACCGUAACCUUGAGACAGUCCUGUUUGUGCUCUGCCUGGGCAUCUACAGUGUCAAUGUCCUGGGGAACUCCCUCCUCAUGGGGCUGAGCGUGCUGGACCCCCGCCUGCACAGCCCCAUGUACUUCUUUCUCAGCAACCUCUCCCUCAUGGACAUCUGUGGCACAUCCUCCUUUGUGCCUCUCAUGCUGGUCAACUUCCUGGAAGCCCAGAGGACCAUCUCCUUCCCUGGCUGUGCCCUGCAGAUGUACCUGACCCUGGCACUGGGUUCCACAGAGUGCCUGCUCCUGGCCGUGAUGGCCUAUGACCGUUACGUGGCGAUCUGCCAGCCACUUAGGUACCCAGAGAUCAUGAACGGGCAGACUUGUGUGUGGAUGGCAGUGCUGAGCUGGGGGACAGGCUUUGCCAACUCACUGCUGCAGUCCCUUCUCACCUGGAGCCUCCCCUUCUGUGGUCACAAUAUCAUCAACCACUUCUUCUGUGAGAUCUUGGCAGUGCUGAAACUGGCCUGUGGGGACAUCUCUCUCAACGCACUGAUGUUAGUGGUGGCCACAGCGGUCCUGACGCUGGCCCCACUCCUGCUCAUCUGCCUGUCCUACGUUGUCAUCCUUGCUACCAUCCUUAGGGUGCCCUCUGCUGCAGGCCGGCGCAAAGCCUUCUCCACCUGCUCUGCCCACAUCACAGUGGUGGUGGUUUUCUAUGGGACCAUCUCCUUCAUGUAUUUCAAGCCCAAGGCCAAGGACCCUGACCUGGAUAAGAUUAUUGCACUGUUCUAUGGGGUCGUGACGCCCUCACUGAACCCCAUCAUCUACAGCCUGAGGAACACAGAGGUGAAGGCUGCUCUAAAUCACCUAAUAUUGAAGACACAUAUAAGGGAAUAAUUAACUGAAGGCUGACUGUCCUCCUAAGAAAUUUCUGUGCAAUGAAAAAAAGAGUAGGGGAUAAUGGAAAGAUUGCCUCUGGAGUAGAGAGGUUUGGGGAGAAAUCAUUGCACUAGUACUGACUGAUUAUUCUCCAAGCAUUCUAAAAGGUCAGAGAGAUUUUUAAGGUCGUAGAAGACCUACAGGAAUAGAGUAAGUUAAAAUUGCUAUGUGAGGUGAACAGGAUGAUGUACCCUUCACCAAUCCUGAUCUGCCUAUGGUCACCGCUCACUGUCUAAAAAGACCAUUGGUGGGCGCCUGGGUGGC